AUGACUAGUCGUGAAGGAUUAAGUCGAACACGUUUGCGGCAAACAACACCCGCUGCUGACCAGGUGUUAACACCGUUAGGCCGCGCUCCAACUGCACUUCAAUCGGUUCCAGCUCCCACGCCCAUCAUUCCCAUAUCUUCGACAUCGGUCACCACAACAGUCGUUCAGAAUUCUGGCAACGCUCGUCAACGUCGAAAUGUUACGAACAACAACACGAACAGCAGUAAUAACAAUAAUAAUAAUAAUAACAUUGAACUAGAUUCGGGUUCGAUUGUUGAUGUUGUUAUAUUUGAUACAUCUACACCAACGCCGCCUGUGCUAACAUUCGAUGCCGAACAAUUUCGUUCAGACAUAAAAGCCAACGGACAUGAUGAGAAACGUCUAGAACAAUUAAUACUCAAUGCGAUUAACUAUUUCAUAACAACAUCCAAACGUUCAACACAACAACAACUCGCCGACUAUACUGUCUUAACAUUUCUGGCUUGGACUGCAUCGUUACAUGGAGAAAUAUUUCGACUUUCAUCGAUUUCAAAAGCUAUGUGUAACCUUUUGAAAGGAUCUUUGAUCACAAAAACAAUGAAAGCGUUUCCAACAGUUAACAAUGGUAAUAGUGUUGGAACAACGACGACGACCACAACACCCUAUACACUGAUUUGUCAAAUACUUUGGCUGGCGUUUAAAGAUCAAACUAAUUGGCCAGACGAAUUCAUCGAAGCCUAUAUGGAAGAUGCAUUAGGUGAUCAGAAUUGGAUAAAAAAUGCGGACUGUCAAUUGUUUGUAUCCAAUAUUGAAACAUCUUUUCACACACGUCCAUCGACAUGGAAACUAGAUCGAUCCAAAAUCUUUCCAGUGGCUCCUUUUUCCUCAUCCGUAUCAACUCUCAACACCAAUGUACCAAUCUCCUCAACUCUAAACGAUGAAACCAGUAAUGAUAGUAAUACCAAUAACGAAUCGUUAACCGUCACAGAAUCAGAAUCAUCAUUAAAUGCAAUUGACGAUUCCAUGGUGAUUAACAAUAACACAAUGAAUAACAACAGUACCGAUAAUCAAUUGAUUGUUCCACGUUACGAAGGACGUCUGCAAGCUAUUCAAAAUCUUCUCCAAACCUUGUUAGCCACUCAUGAAAAGCAGAAAGCAACAACUGGUAGUUCAACCACACUCAAUCCAACAAAUACGUCAACGACAUCAUCAUCAAGUACUAGUCAACCACAUGAAACAGAUAAACUACUCUCCCUACUUGAACAUCUAUGUGGUUUACCUGAAAUUCGCUUAUAUAUUCUAUCUCAUCUGGGUGUUUGGUUGCAAAAUCCCAAACUAAGCCGUACGGCUGAGCGACUAAUGAUGACUCUAUGCGAAAAUCUCACCAAGCCUCCCUCAAUUAAUGGUACCACAUUAACCAACGGUCAUGUAAAUAACAAUGAUACAGCCUAUAUAGAUGAACGCGCUAUUGAACAAUUAGUCAAUUUACGUUUUAAAGUACGUGCAUCAGGUGUAACCAGCAAAAUGCAUAUCUUAUGCGUGCGUGAGAUGUUGAAAAACGAUGUUAAUCUUGUUGAUAUUAUUGUUCGUUUUAUUAUUCAUAAUGAAUUACAACAAGCUUCAUCACCGUCGUCAACGAUAGUCACAAGCAAAAAUCCGAAUAAUAUACUGUUACUUCAUGCUUGCUGUCAGUCUCAACCUGAACAUACGUGUCAAUCAUUAGCUUAUACUAUACAGAAUGUUCUUUUACAGACAAAUGUGACAACAGCGGCGAAAGAUUAUGAAAAUUUGUUGAAGUUAAUUCGACCGUUCUUACGUGAAUUGAUGCGCUAUGCGAAGAACGAUUUCGAUCCGAUGAAAUUUUGUAUGUAUCUAAUCGAUAUGCAUUAUUCCGCGUCUCUACAACAACAGUUUUGGAUUAUGGUUCAUCAGCCGGAUCCACCCGCCAAUGAUAUAACUUCUCAUCGUCUAUUGAAUCGUCUGCUCAAAUGUGACAUGUCCACUCGCGAACGGUUUCUCUACGCUAUAAGUGAUCUCAUACCAAUGAUGAUACUUGCCUCAGCGCAAGCAUUCAAUUCUCAAAAUACACCUACGAAUGCUAAUGUUCUUAAAACGCGUUCAUCACCAGCGAUAAACUAUGAACAAUGGUUACUAUUUAUUCAACGGAUAUCCUAUAUCCAAUGCAGUUCAUGUCUAUUUUUUCUUUUUACUCUACCACGUUUAUUCGAUUUAGCCCCAACGAUACAACCAACUAAUUACGUUGCUUGUCUAUACAGUGUUCUCUUCACCAAUUCAGCAAAUUCAUAUUUACGCUAUGAAAAUUGGCCGCCUGAAGAACCAUUGGGUUUUCGUACUGAGCUCUUUCGUCUAUCAUCCGAUGUACCAUUACUUGGCGAAACUUUAUAUUUAUUGGUACAAAUCGGUUUAACUCCACAAUUCCGUAUUGCCUCAUCAACAAUCAUCGAGUUAACCGAUCUAAUUAUUCGGCGGACAUUACUUGUCGAACAGAAAAUGUCGAAUGAUUAUACAUCGAUCUAUCUACAUUUACCCGAGAAUCAAUGCGAAAUUUUCUUAACGAAAUUUUUUGAUCUAACACGUUAUCACAUUCCUAUGCAAUUUGCAUUUCCUCCAAAUUAUCAACGACCGCAAAAUCUGGCAAUCACUGAAAUCUUUUGGAAAGCAUGUUUGAUAUGUUUGCUCUUAGCAUCACAUGAUCCUCAAACCUUCGGUCGGUAUAUCUGGUUAUACAAACCGCAAAUACGUUUAUUUAUGGAAAUGUUAUUAACAGGUGAUUACACCUAUCCACCAAAAUCAAUGAUUGAGACAAAGAAUUUCUUAGAGCAAUUCUAUCAUACCGAACGCGAAAGACUACGCGAAGAGAAAGAUCUGAUAUUAGGCUUAGAAAAACAUUUAGCAGCACCGAAGACUAUCGAUGAAACGAAUAGUCAAUUAUUGGGCAAAGUCAUUGUCUUAGAUUUAAACCAAAUCAAACGACCGAUCGGACAGGAUAAAAAUGAGAAAGCCUUCUACAACUUAAUACAAGGUAUCAAUAAUCAAUACAAGCUAUCGUCGAUGUUAUGUCGUUGUCGUUCGCCAGAUUUCAUUCUGGAUAUUUUGAAUCGAAAAGAGCAGCAAGGUAAAGGACGAUUAGAUAGUCAAACAUCGUGGUUAACAAGUCUGAUCGACUCGAACAUUGAUUGUCUGAAUGUUUUUCCAAUCAUUUGUCUCUGUGAUUAUUUUCAACAUAUGAUUAUGAUUUAUAAGAAUCCCAAUAUUCGAAACAUACCAUCGAAGAAAACCUUGAAUGCAUUAGACACGAUUCUAGUUCGAUUUAAAUCAAUUAUUCAAACUGUCAAAGAACAAAUUCAAGCAAAUAAACAAAAAACUUCGCCUCAGAUCGAUGAUAUGGCCUGUAUAUUCAGUUAUUUUCUCAAUUGUUUGAAUUCUAAUAUUUCUACGAUGCGUUCCAACGCUUGGCUUUGUUUACAUAUUAUUUUAAACGAUCAUCCACAAAUGUCAAAUAUCGAAGCACUUCUAUCCCGAUCCGAGUCGAUUUCCGAGCCUAAUAUUGAAUUAAUUCUCACCCGUUUAGCCCAAUAUAAAUCUCUAGAACAAAUUCAAUCAUUAAUCAAACAAACUUUAUCCGAAACAUGUCAUUUCGAAACAAAUAUCAAAGUUCUUCACUACUCAAUUCUAUUUAUCAUCGAUCAUUGUCAAAUUGAAUCCACAAACGACCUUCUACUAUUAUCCAACUUAGCACAAGCGUUGAAUCGUCGACAUUCGAUCCUUUAUCUUCUCAUACAGUUUGAUAAACAAUAUAAACUAAUCGAAAAGUUCUUUCAUCUCAUGGUGCAAUUGUUAAUCAAAAAAGUUCAAUUCGCUCUUCACCAUCCUAUUCAUAUUGAAUCAACUGGUGGCAGUCCGGAUGAGCAAAUUCCAGCACAUGUUCGAGCAUAUUUAGUUUUACCAAACUUUAACGAUGAACAGAUUCGGAUAUUUAAACAACUCCACAAAUCAUUGAACAUUAAAGACGAUUUGAAGUGGACAAAUCAGAAGGAUAAACAAUAUAUCGAGAUUGAUUCGAAGUUAGUCGAACUGUUAUUGAUUUUCUUAGCAUAUUUUGAUUUCAACGAUCAACAAUUGAAACAUUUACAUGAAUUCGCUAGUUUAAUUCAGGAAUUCUUUCUUAAUACCAGUUCGACACCAUAUUUUUCCACGAUUAAGCAAAUCAGCCGACCAAUACCCGUGAAACAAAAUCAAGAAGAGAAGCCAACUACCGAUGAUAGUUCCGAACAUUUCAAACAAUUCGCUAUCGAAGAUGCCGAUCAACGGGAGAAUUCGCGCAAACGACGCUUAUCUCAUGCAACUACUUCCGAGAAAGUUUUUCUUUCGUCAUCGACCAAUUCCACCUACCAUCUCGUACCGAUCAAUGGUGAAACUAAACAAUCGUUGUUCCUUGCAGACGAUUUACAAUAUUUCAUCUUCAAAUCCAAGAAUUUUCCAUUGGUUAAGCAAUGCAUCGAUCAAGCAUCUUUAUUAUCCUGUUUCAAAAUGCUGAAAAUCUCGGCUGUCUCUCGUGAAAAUAUGAAGUAUUUAUGUGAACAUGUUAAUGGACUGAUUGACUCGCCUGAAAAAUCAAUUCAGACGUACAUCAAACACUCGUCUUCUGUUUUACCGUUAAUAAAUCGUUGGAUCAUAGAAGAAUUACCUGAAGCAGUCGAAUUGGCAGAAAAACUGAAAAAACUCGUGGAAAAAAAGAAAAAAUCUCAUUGUACUGCACAAAAUUCCACCCAACAGAAUAACUUAAUUCCGACAACAUCACGUAGUUCUUCAUCGAUAUCCGAUCAACUUCAAUCAUUUGACCUUCGUAUAAACAAACUAUGUGAAAAACUUUCGACAAGUCAACUUUCCACUGACAGCCAAAUGGAUACGUCGGACGCAACGAUCGCACUUCCAUGGAAAAAUUUAAAUGAAUGCGAAGUGUUACUUCGAUGUCUCGUGAAGAAAACUCUCGAUCCAAUCAAACGUCGACAAUUGCUCAUUCAAUUGCAAUGGUUGACAACGAACUCGUCAGAAUAUCAUUCGCAAAUCUUUCAAACUAUGUUAAAAUGUUGUCAAUCAGCCACUAAAGAUGCGUUUCUGAUGAAUUUUACCGAACAAUACAAUACGUCCUUGGUACUCUUGGAUAUCUUAAUGAGAAAUAAAUCGAUAAAUGAUGAACAGAUAAAAUUGAUUCAGAUAUUCGAUGCAUCGAAUAUUCCCGAUCAAAAUCUUAUUCGAAUGAAAAUCAAUGAAUUCAAACGCAUUAUGGAGCAAAAUGAACAUUUGAAAACACCAGUUAAAACAGCAAGCACUAAUUUAACCGUUAAUAACCUACUAGACAUCCUUAGCUGUGAUCAUUCCAUAAGUGAUUCGAGAAUCGAACGACAAUUUUAUAGAUAUUUGAAAUCUAAUGUUCAAUAUGAAGAUGAAUGUAAACGUACGUUAAUCAAUGUGCUUAUACAAGCGGAAUAUAAACUAUCCGAGCCGACGAUUGGAAUGAUUUUAGAUCAAUUAGAAAAAAUGGAUUAUAAAUCAUCAAAAUCAUCGAAUAUCUAUGCUAAUCGUCUUCUCUUCUCUCAAAGAACCCAAUCAUCGACAUCUCAGCGUUUGUUAUUAAAACAAUUUCUUCAUUCUUGCGAUUGGCCAAUCAUACUCACUUGCAUCUCCGAUCUUUUAACGCUCUCAUCUUCAUCCACAUCUACUACAUCGAAUGAACCGAUACGAACGUCUCAUCGUAACCAACGCCUAGUAUCGACAUGCUCAUUAAAACAAUCGCGUUUUUCUCUAUUGAACAACCGGGACAGUACAUUAAUUCUUGACAUGCUAGAAUCAUUUAUAAAACUGUCUCCGUUAUGGUCCGGACGAGAAUUUAAAAUGUUGGACCGUUGUCAUGAUGAAUUAUUGAUCGAUUUGAAUGAAGAACAUAUCUAUACAUUGAUUAUUUGCAUCCUUGAUGAAGGUGAUCGCUGUUCGGAGAAUCUCUAUGAUCAAUAUCAAAAACGUUAUGAAACAAUCGUGUACUACUUGAUUAGAACAUCGGAAAAGAAAAUUUUGUUUCAACAAUGUUUACAGAAGAUUUUUAUCGACUCGGAUGUUCACCAUUGGUUGAAAGAUCUCCUUCCAUCGUUCUAUUUUAUUCUCUAUAUCAAUCAAGCAGAUUUGUUCACAGACAACUUUUAUUUGAUUUUACCAAAUCUAUUCACCCAAAUCAAACAACAAUCGAAACAAUUGAAUUUCAUCAAUACAAACUAUGAUUAUAUCAUCCAUGAUCUGUUGAUACGGUUGAACAGUUACGAUUUGAAUUCCAUUGAGAAUUUCUACGAAAUUAAUUUGCUAUUGAAAUAUUACGUUUCGAAACAUCCGUUCUUGUUUCUUCGACAUUUGAAUAUGAUCAAACUAGAUCUACAAUCGCGAUUGUCAACAUUAACAUCCGAGGAAUUCAGCCGAAGAAAUUCCAAACAUCGAACGUUUUUUCUUUCGUUAUUCGAUUUGAUCUUUCGCUUAAAACCUUACAUUUACGAUCAUAUCUACGAAGAGGAUUUACAAGCAAUCAUCGACGUUUAUGUACGUUUACUACUAGUCCAUUUGUCAGCAUUGAAUACAUGUUCAAAACAGAACAUUCUCUCGUCGAAUUAUCUGAAAGAUAUCCUUUACCUAAUUGGCGGAAUAUUAGAACUGAUCUAUGAUUAUUUGUAUUCAACAAUUAACAAUCCACAACAUUAUAGUCUGUUUCGAACAUAUAAUACGAAGUUCUGGGAAAAGAUUCAAGAGAAGAUUCAAAUGAAUAAAGAUUUAUAUCAAGUGUUAGCGUCUAACAAGCAGAAUCGAACGCUAUAUCAUUUAACACAAUUGAAAGUACUCUACGAAGCUAUACGAAGUGAUGAUCUAACAGAUUUACCAGCAAGCGAACGAAUUCCAUUUGAUUUUCGUCUUUGUUCGAUCAGUCGAUCUUCAAUCGAUUCGAAUCAACGUCAAAAAUCGCUUGAUAUUCAACAAUAUCGUAUGAAAUUGUCACUUCCAAUCGAUGAGUCGACGUCGUCAGUGAUCAUCGAUGAUAUCCUAUUAACAUUAAAUGAAUUAAAAUCACAUGUCGAUCAUUAUUUAACAAAUGAUCAUAUCGAAAUACUUUUAGAUUCAUUAACAACUUAUCUUCUCAAUGGUAACAAACAACUAAUCGAACGAACCUAUGAAUUCAUUUUUAAAUACAUGGAAAAAUAUCCUCAAUAUUCACUAAUAUUCUAUUCAACGUAUAUGAAGUGUCUUUUAUCGACGAAUUCCAUCGUAUUUCAAAUCGCACUGGAACAUUUUUCACAUUUUAUGAUUUAUUUUCAAUCAAAAGCAACAGAACUUUUCCACAUCCUUUUGAAACAAGGCCUCAUGAAUAAAAUCGACGUGACAACAUCGAUUACACAAGCGAUACGUUUGCUUACUCUCCAUCGCUACGAUCCUGUUACCUAUACAAAUAUAUCCUCAACAAUGCCGUCAACAACAGCAAUAACGACGACGACAACAACAACAACUGUUACAACCACCAAUGAAUGA